AUGGUGAAAGUUGUUGAGACUCCUUUAGAGGGAGAAAGACUGGUGAGGACUGAUGAGGACGAGGUCAAUGGAUUCUCGUGGGUACAGAUUGUAGAUCGUGUGGAUAAUCUGCCCCUGGACUAUGGUUCGAAUGAAAAAUUCAGGGAGAAUGUGUAUCAUCUGGUGACUCAUACGCAGAUCAAGGUUGGGUUUGUUCUAGAGUUUGUUGUUGAAGAGUUGAAGGCUGUUUGCGGGUCCUUAUUCGAAGAAGCUUUCGAAGCUGACACUGCAUUGAAGGAAUUGAGGUUCAAGAACCCAAGUUUUGAUGGUAGAAAUGCACAGUUGGACAAGAUAGCCAAGGAAAUGUACUUACACUCGCAAUUGGAAGGGAUCAAAGGUUGGAGAGACGAAAAGUAUGUUGUAUGUGAUUAUGACGGUCCUUACGUCUUGCUAGAACGUGCAAUGGCUGGACUUAUGGGCAUUAUUACUUAUGGAGCACACAUCAAUGGUUAUGUGGUGGAUGAGAACACCAAGUCGAUAAAGUUUUGGAUCCCUAGGCGGGCUGCAACAAAACCGACUUGGCCUUUGAUGCUGGAUAACAUCAUCGCUGGAGGGUUGGGCUACCCUUGUACCAUAUAUGAGACUGUGCUUAAGGAGAGCAAAGAGGAAGCCAAUCUCGACCAAGAAGUCAUAGAGUCGAAUAUCAAAGCGGCAGGUGUUGUAUCGUAUCUCUACUUCCCAGUGGAUAUCAAAGACGUCACUUUCAAAAGAGAGGCAGAUUUCAUAGUGGGUGAAGCGGAGUACAUAUACGACCUUAAAUUGUCUGUAGACAUCAUACCAACACCUAAUGAUGGAGAGGUCGAUAGUUUCAAUUUAUUAACAUUGGAACAGACAGUGAAGGCUCUUGUAGAUGGAGAAUUUAAACCAAACUGUGCACUAAUCAUGGUCGAUUUCCUAGUAAGACACGGUUACAUCACUCCAGAAAAUGAACCGAAGUUUCUUCAACUAGUGACCAGAAUGCACAGAAUGCUACCUUUCCCAACUUUGAAUUGA